GUAGCCUACGCCGUGACGAGAAAAAAAACGUCCGUGUCUGCCUCGAUCAACUGCGGACUCACGUCAAAGAGAGGCACUGGGGGGAGUUGAAAUACAACUGUCGCUAAUGUUGUAUUAACUAUAAGUCAAGGUUACAACAACCUAUGUUAAAUUAGGAAUGCGCAAACCAACUCAGAUGCUGAGUUCCGUUUCUGAACGUCGUGAGCACAACGUAAACUAAAGUUCCACUAGCAAAGAUGUGUCGAGUUAGUUGAAAGCAUACUCUUUGCGAUGCCUAAUCACAGUACCUAGAGUGAUUUAUCAGUUAAUAGUUUACACCAGAAGGCGUCUUCCAGACGAAUAACACGAACUUCUCAAAGAAACACUAACGUCCCUCAAAAUGCGAUUGUGCGGGUGGUUUAGCUCGCUAGCUAAGUAGUGUUUUUACUGUGUUGUUGUGCCCAACUUCCUCAGCGCAAGCUGUACCUCGAUGGUAAGCAGUGAGGUCGCGGCUCCAGCUUUCCCGGUUGGAUUUACAUAUGUGUAUUUCCGUGGGAAAGGCGAAGGAGCUCCUUCAAUGGCAGUCUUUCAGGAACCGGGAAGGAAACACAACGGGUAACCCGACGCUGGUGGAACGAAAAAGUUUCAAAAUCGUCACUGUUGGAGUUGGCUUUUGGAACUUUUUGUUGGUCUACAUUUCCUACGUGUUGUUUAACUACUUUUUUGGACCACCGUCUUCGCCACAACAACCGCUUUCCCGGGGACAUAAUUUUUGUUCGUCGACAGUUGUGGAGUUGUGUGGCUCGGCGGCGCGAUGGCGGGCAGCGGUGGCGCGUCUCCGCCCGGGACCGCUCCUCCACUGUGGUAUCACCGGGAUCUGAGUCGCGCUGCCGCGGAGGAGUUUCUAGCCCGGGCCGGGCGCGAUGGCAGUUUCCUGGUGCGGGAUAGCGAGAGCGUCAACGGGGCAUACGCCCUAUGCGUCCUGUUCCAGAAGCACGUUCACACCUACAGAAUUUUGCCCGAUGAAGAGAACUUCUUGGCAGUGCAGACCUCUCAGGGAGUUCAGCCCAAGAGGUUUCGGACUCUCUCUGAGCUCAUUCAGUUGUAUCUGCAGCCAGGACAAGGCCUGGUGACCACUCUACUGUUCCCUAUAGAGAGGGAAGAGAGCGCUGAGGAGAAGGAUUACUCAGAUGGAGAAGACGAGAAGCCUCCACUCCCCCCUCGCACAGCCUCUACAGUAGCCCAAACUGCUGUGGUUGCCCAGGAGACGACCCCUGACUGUGCGGUAGCGUCUAACGGUCUCAGUACGAUCUCUCAUGAGUAUCUGAAGGGCAGCUACGCUCUGGACCUGGAAGCAGUCAAGCAGGGGGCCAGCAACCUGCCGCACCUCAACAAGACCCUGGUGUCCUCCUGCAAACACCUGCACGGUGAGGUGGAUAAGGUGUUGGCUGGGCUGGAGAUCCUCUCUAAAGUAUUUGAUCAGCAGAGUGCAUCCAUGGUGUCCAGGAUGAUCCAGCAGUCAGUGUCUCAGGGUGGUGAUGAGGAACUGGAGCACCUGGUCACCAAACUGGCCAUCCUCAAAGAUCUGCUGUCCUCCAUAGAGAAGAAGGCUCUGAAGGCGCUGCAGGACAUGAGCUCGUCCACCCCCAGCACUCCCCCUCUGGCCUACACACGCCACAGCAAGAUCAUCCCCGUGCAGACCUUUGAGGUGAAGCUGGACGUGAACCUGGCGGACCUGACGAAGCUGGGCAAGUCCCAGAAACACACACUCUCAGUGGACGUGGAGGCGGGAAAGCUGGUGGUCACCAGGAAGAUCAAGGACUCCCAGGAGGACUGGACCACCUACACACACGACAAGAUUCGGCAGCUGAUUAAGUCCCAGAGGGUGCAGAAUAAGCUGGGCAUCGUCUUUGAGAAGGAGAAGGAGCGGAGUCAGAGAAAAGACUUCAUAUUCGCCAGUGCAAAGAAGCGGGAAGCAUUUUGUCAGCUGCUGCAGCUUAUGAAGAACAAACAUUCCAACCAGGAUGAGCCUGAUAUGAUCUCCAUCUUCAUCGGGACCUGGAACAUGGGCAGUGUGCCUCCUCCUAAGUCGGUGGGUUCGUGGCUGCUCUGUCGUGGUUUGGGGAAGACGCUGGACGAGCUGACGGUGGCCAUUCCUCACGACAUCUACGUGUUCGGAUCGCAGGAGAACUCCGUGUGUGAGCGCGAGUGGGUCGAGGCCCUGCGCUCCGCUCUCAAAGAACACACCGAGAUCGACUUCAAACAGAUUGCAGUGCAGACGUUGUGGAACAUCAAGCUUGCGGUUCUAGUCAAACCUGAGCACGAGAACCGAAUCAGUCAUGUUGGGAUGUCUAGCGUCAAGACUGGCAUCGCCAACACACUCGGCAACAAAGGCGCUGUGGGUGUGUCCUUCAUGUUCAAUGGAACGUCGUUUGGCUUCGUCAACUGCCACUUGACCUCAGGGAACGAGAAGAUUCACAGGCGUAACCAGAAUUACCUUGACAUCCUGCGUCUGCUGUCACUGGGCGAUAAGCAGCUGGGCUCCUUCGACAUCUCGCUCAAGUUCACACACCUCUUCUGGUUUGGAGACCUCAACUACAGACUGGACAUGGACAUCCAGGAAAUCCUAAACUACAUCAACAGGAAGGAGUUUGAGCCGUUGCUGAAGGUGGAUCAGCUUAAUCUGGAGCGGGAGAAGAAUAAGGUCUUCCUGCGCUUCGCCGAAGAGGAGAUCUCAUACCCCCCAACUUACCGAUAUGAGCGAGGAUCUCGAGAUACUUACGUCUGGCAGAAGCAGAAGGCCACUGGGAUGAGGACUAAUGUUCCCUCCUGGUGUGAUCGGAUCUUGUGGAAGUCUUACCCUGAAACACACAUUGUGUGCAACUCCUAUGGGUGUACUGAUGACAUCGUUACCAGUGAUCACUCUCCAGUGUUUGGCACCUUUGAAGUGGGCGUGACCUCACAGUUUGUCUCCAAGAAAGGUCUGCCCAAGUCUUCAGAACAGGCCUAUAUAGAGUUUGAGAGCAUCGAGGCCAUCGUGAAGACAGCCAGCAGAACCAAGUUCUUCAUCGAGUUCUACUCCACCUGUCUGGAGGAGUUUAAGAAGUGCUAUGAGAAUGACUCCCAGUCCAGUGACAAUGUGAACUUCCUGCGUGUGGGCUGGUCCAGUAAGCAGCUGACCACCCUUAAGCCCCUCCUCUCCGACAUCGAGUACCUGCAGGACCAGCACCUGCUGCUGACCGUCAAAUCAGUGGACGGAUACGAGUCCUACGGCGAGUGUGUGUUGGCGCUCAAGUCUAUGAUCGGCAGCACGGCGCAGCAGUUCCACACGUAUCUGUCCCACAGGGGAGAGGAGAGCGGCAACAUCCGCGGCUCCAUGAGGGUCCGAGUGCCGUCCGAACGCAUGGGCACCCGGGAGAGGCUGUACGAGUGGAUCAGCGUGGAUAAGGAUGAGAGUGGACCCAAGAGCAGGUCAACACUGCCCUCUAGAGGUGGCCACGAGUACGUCAAGCCUUCCCCAAGCCGUAAACUGGUGGGUGCGGAGCUGAGUAAAGUUGCGGAGGAAGGAGAGAGGACUGCAAACAGCCGCCCCCCUCACACACACACACACACACCAGCUGGGAAAGAAGACAACACACAGACCAGAGUGAAGCAAGACUCUAUGGAUGGCGACCCCUCCACCUGCAAGAACAGCUACAAUAACCCCGCCUACUACAUCCUCGAAGGUGUUCCCAACCAAUCAGCUUCAGCUCUGGGCUCUGACUUGCUCCCUAGCCCCACCCAGCCAUCUGCCCCCAGCAAAUCAGCAGGCCCCGCUGCCGGAGGAGGGGCGGGCAAGAGCAAACCGCCCACAGGCGCUCCCCUCCAAUCACGUCGCCCCAGCAGCGGACGCAUGGCGGUUCGACCAAUCAGCGAGGAGGGAUCUUCAGAGGAGGAUGUGAGCAGCGCUGGCGUGGUCAACCGCCCCCCGCCGGACUUCCCGCCUCCUCCUCUCCCCAAGAGCGCGCUCGACAUGACGGACAGCUGCUUUUACCCAAUUGGACGAGAGGGCGGGAAGGGGCGGGCCUAUCCAGAGCUGCCAGAUCUGAAAAACCCGCCCCCGGCAGCCGCGUCUAAGCCAAUCAUCUCCCCCGGACUAGCUACACCCCCAGAGGGCGGUUCCUUUUCCCUGGACCCGCCCACUCUCAGCCCUCCACCCAAUCCCCCGUUCCGUAGGGCAGGGGUGGGCGGGACGUCCGGGCUGGACGACCAAUCGUGUUCAGUUCUGCAGAUGGCGAAGACGCUGAGCGAGGCGGAAUACCCAGCGGGAGGCAGGGGGUGUGGCCUAAGGGCGGAUGUGGGAGGAGUUGUGCUAAGGGGGGCGGGGCUUACCUUCCCACCACGAGCGAUUCAGGAGGAGACGGAACACGGCACUGAGGAUCUACCGGAGGAGGUGCUGUGGCAGGGGGGCAGCAGUAGCAGCAGUCUGUCUGUAGAGGGCAGUGUUGGCGAGUGGCUGCAGCGCUUGGGGCUGGAGUGCUAUGAAGAGGGCCUACUGCACAACGGCUGGGAUGACCUGGAGUUCCUCAGUGACAUCACGGAGGAGGAUCUGGAGGAGGCCGGUGUGGUUGACCCCGCCCACAAGCAGAUCCUAUUGGCCAGCCUCCGGCAGCAGCAGCACAAGUGACCCGGUGUUCCUCACGACAAACCCAACCCAACGGAACCCAACGGAACCCAACGGAACCGGUCCACAGCCUGACGUUGGAGCCACACCCACACUCACUCGCAUCCAAUCAGAUGCUAAUCUGCAGUCCAAUCAGAUCCCGGUUUGCCCUCCGAAGCCUGUCGUGCCCUGCCAGCCCACUUCCUCCCUGGCGCUGACAGACAGGAAGUGAUGUCAUCACAGAGCGCCUCGUAACCCAGGGGCCUGGCUACAUUCCCCAGACAGAGGCGGGACAUUUCAACUCGUAGUGUUCUAUUCACUGAUGACGGACAUUUUAACUCGUAGUGUUCUAUUCACUGAUGACGUACAUUUCAACUCGUAGUGUUCUAUUCAAUGAUGACGGACAUCUCAACUCUGCUUGGCAGCCAUAGUGUUCUUUUUAAUGAUGACGGACAUUCAUGUUGUUUUAUCUCCUUUUGUCAGCUGCAUGUUUGAGUUUUGAGAAAAGGGAAUAGACCCCACCACACUGAGUGAGUGGGAGGGAACGAUCUGUAUCAAAUAUUGUGUGUGUGUGUGUGUGUGUGUGUGUGGA